CCGCUACUCCAUCGCUUGUGCCGCGUCGCGCUGAGUGCAGUUCUGAUACGCCUUCAUUCCUCUCAUACCCUUCCUUGUCUUGCACCGUCGCGCUUUCCUCUUGUCCGUAGUAGUCUUCAAUAUGAAUGCACCCAACCGUUAUGAGCUCUACGUUCUCGAAGAGGGCGAGCGACCAGUUGAGGUUACGGAGGACACGAAGAUCCCCAACGCUGCUACCGUCAAGAUCGUGAAGCAGGACCAUACCCUUGCAAACCUACUCCGUUCCCAACUCCUCUCUAUGCCGCAAGUCACCUUCGCCGGCUACAAAGUUCCCCACCCGCUCCAUCCCUACUUCCUGCUCAAGAUCCAGACGGACGGGUCUGUGACGCCCACGCAGGUCCUCGAGACCGCAUGCACGAAGCUCAUCGGCACGAUCGCGACGCUCGAGGCGAAGUUUAAGCGCGAGUUCACCUACAACGCCGACGGCGCCGUGCAGGAGGACGCGUACGGAGUGCCCGUCACCGGCGACGGCCUCGAGGGCCGGAACUACAUCGACUUCUAGACGCCGGAGACCCGCGCCGUAGAGCUCUAUACAUGCCGCAGGCUGCUUUGGGCAAUGGGGGACAACCAUACCGAGUUUGGAGCGGGGUGCGGGCGGCAGGUGUGGACUUGUAUCAUAUGUUGAACCUAAUUUUGUAUAUUAGCCAUCGCUUUCGUCCCAUUCAUCUGCUAUCGGCACGCAGGCUUCAUGA